AAUCGCCGCUCGGGGGGGGCGGCACUUCCGCUGCCAGGAUAGGACAUGUUUUAUUGUGCGAUCAGUUUCACUGAAGACUCCUGCAGUUGUUUCUAAGUCCGUGAAAUUCGGGUUUCGGUAGGGCAGAUCGGCGGUUUUGAAGGAGGACGGGCACGUAGAGACUCGAAAUACCCGGUUCGCCCGCAGGCUUGUCGGCGGAGCCUCGAUACGUUGGCGCAGGGGUCCGUGUGCUGGCAUUUAAUCGGUACAGCCAGCUCAGCCGGCGGCGCAGAAGUGGAGUCGGGUAGAGUACUGCACUCAGCCUUUUUUCCCUCCCGAUUCUCCUGUCACCUCGGCUGCGAACAGCCGCCGCUGCAGGAACUUCGGCCGCUUCUCGUUUUUCGGGGUCUGGCCGUGCGGCGCCGGUUUCGCCGGGUUCCCGGGCGCGGAGGUGUGGGCAUGCCCCAGCGGGCCUGCGGUCAGCGGCAGACGCGGUGGAGAGUGAGGUUGUAACUGCUGCAGCCAGCGAGAGAUCCCCCUCGCUCUGCGUUUUGCACUUGAAUGUAGUCUGGCCUCGUACUUUUUUUUACCUCGGUCCGUGUUUUUGGCUUGGUCUAGAAAGCUGUAUCCGAACCAGCAAGUCGCUGUGUGAUCACUGAAGAGCUUUUCGACUUUUUCUUUCCAAUCGGAGAACAGCUUAGGCGUUAUUUUUUCCACCUCAAUCGUAGCCUUUUUUUUCCUCCCCAGACUUCAUCUAGUCGCGUAUCCUUAAUCCUCUCUAUCUGAUAUUCGCCCGGAGUUGUGUGUGUGUGUGUGUUGGUUUUGUUUUUUGCUGCUCCUGCCCUUUUUUUUUGUGAUUGCGUCUCGCACGGCCGCCCUCUUCCAGCGCUCUGGUCUCCUCGUGAAAGAGUGCGUGCUCGCUUGACUGAGGGAAAAAAAAGAAGAAAGGAAGAGGAGACGAAGAGGAGGAGGCCGGAACCGGACUGUGUGUGUGCGUGUGGUGUGUGUGUGUGUCUCUCUCUCGUCCCCCUCACCCGAGUCCGAGACAAAAGCAGCAUGAACGGGUUCAGCACGGAGGAGGACAGCCACGACGGGCCGCCGGCGCCGCCGUUUUACGGCCAGAGCUGCUGCCUCAUCGAGGACGGAGAGCGCUGCAGCCGCUCCGCCGGCAACGCCUCCUUCAGCAAGCGCAUCCAGAAGAGCAUCUCGCAGAAGAAGCUCAAGCUGGACAUCGACAAGAGCGUCAGGCAUCUGUACAUCUGCGACUUCCACAAGAACUUCAUCCAGAGCGUCCGGAACAAGAGGAAGAGGAAGACGAGCGACGACGGGGGCGAGUCUCCUGACCACGACGUCGAAGUGCCAGAGGUUGACUUGUUUCAGCUUCAGGUGAACACACUAAGACGCUACAAGCGGCAUUACAAGUUACAGACCCGGCCAGGCCUCAACAAAGCUCAGCUGGCAGAGACUGUUAGUCGUCACUUCAGGAAUAUUCCUGUGAAUGAGAAGGACACACUGACCUAUUUUAUUUAUAUGGUGAAGAGCAACAAAAGCCGUCUUGAUCAGAAAUCAGAAGGCAGCAAACAGCUGGAAUAAGGUCACUGGGUUGUAAAGUACCUGAGGCGGACGGACAUGUCAGAAACGAAGAAGCUCUUGUUCAGCCAAACAUUAAGACUGUUCCGGUCGAAAAGGGUAUAGCUAUAAUGUGAAUAUAUAUGUACAAAAAAUAAACUUUUAACUGAACGUGGCAGAAGAAGAAGAUGUAGUGUUGCUGCAGUAAGAGUGUGUUUUUAUUUUUGCUGCCGGGGUGUCGGCCCGCGGUGCUGCACUCGCAGGCCGGCGCGGCAAACAGCAGUCGGGUUGGCUGGGGAGGAGAGCUGGGGGCCGGCAGGGGGGUCCGCUCACGCCCUGCUCCAGCAGCCGUGGGGAUGGGGGUAUCUGAGCGCCCGCAGCUUCCCAGCAAGUGACCUGCACUCCCCCACUCUCAAGGUGUCUCGCAGCGAUGACCUCGGCUCCUGUUGAUCAUGUCUGUUGAUUUUGCUGUCGGUCGUUGAACUGGAAAUCAUGAAAUGCUGACUAAAACAAGAGCCACCUUUUUCUGAAAUGCCACACAAGCCCGUUCCUUCCUUUUAUUUAUUUUUUUAUGUGAGACUGGAUGAUGGAAGAGGCAGAAUUUGAUUUUGGGAGGGGGUUGUUACCGUCAUUUAAUCCAGCCCAGCUCUGAAGGGAGACCUGUGUCUCCAGUUGGUAUGAGAUGACGCUGGGCCCACUGCUGUUGGUCUGGAACUUGAGAAGAGUAAAGCUGCCCUUUACUCGUUCAGCAAAUGCUCUUUGGACCUGCCAAGGCUAGAAAGGUUUCCACAAUGCAGAACAUGAGACUUUGCAGUCUCAUAGACAGAUACUGCUUUUAAAGCUUUGCACAGUGUGGGGGUAUCUUCUUCCCAGGUAUGGUUUUACACGGCGUUUUGGAAAAUUAAGUAUGAAAGAAUACACUUCCGACCAGCUGAUGUUUUUAAGAUGUACAUUGUGUAAAUGACGGAGGUUGGUGCUGUAUCACUUCACCAUUUGUGAUUUUCCUUAAUUAACCCAGUUCUGAAUAGACAGGCGUGACAAUCGCGAGGGGUUGAUCAGAAGAAUUACCUUGUUUUCAAAGUAAAAUACUUAGUGGAACACUUAGUGGAAAUAUUACAGCAUGUGAAACAAUGAAACUCUUAUUUUUAUUUCCGUUUAUGGUUUAAGCUCCGUGGAGCAUGUGUAAUAUCGAAUUCCUGGUUGUGUUGCUUUCAUUUUUUUACUAGGUUAUUUCAAAUGUGUUGCCUACACAUGUACAGUUAGUAAUUUUAGCAGCACAAACUUUAGUUUUUCUUCCUGGUGGUGUUGGGUCAGGAACUGUGGAAGUGGAGUGGCGCUUGCCCAAGGACAGGCCUUUCCGGACUGCGGGAAUGGCUCUUCUGCUGCGCUUCGUCCGAGCACAUGGCGAAACGUCCGGGUGGGAAUGCACUGCGAUGAAAGGACUGUAGAGCACAAGACUGUUCUUAGAAUCCUCUCGCAGCCCAGGUUAAUGGGCUGAACCACUAGCUACACUGUGGGCUGAAGAGCAUCAUCUCCUUUCCUCCUGGGCUGGAACUCAGCUUUGUUUAAAAGCUGUGGUGUUCCUGGGUUCAGUGAGGUUAUUUUUCCUCUGGCGUGAUGUUGGCUCAGAAGACCCUGCGGGAGAAUCGCACCGGUCCCGGUUGUUGAUGAAAGGGUGGAUCGAAGGAGCCUGUUCCAAUUCGACGGCCGAGUACGCGAUCAAGUGGCCUCUUGUUCAGUUGGUACUCAAUGGGAUUUUUUACAGAACACAAAAGCCAAUGUAAUAGAAAAAUGGGUCUGGUAGCAAUUUCCAUUUCAAUCCAUGCCUUUAUUUGAGUAUAUUUUAUUAAUCUGGAAAGAGAUCAACCAUGCAUAUACGCUGCAUAUAUUGGACACAAAGUGGUUCUUACCAUGUGAUGAACAAGAUGUUGUUCCGACAGAGGGGCUGGACGUGCUUGGCAGGCCUCAGUCCAAGAUGUAAUGCCUUAGUAUGGGGUUUUGUUAGCCUCAUUAUAUUGGAGGCUUUGUAUUUAAGACUGUAUGUACGAAGUGAAAGAGCUUUUGUCCCCACAACACUUGCUGUAUCUUGAUGAAGUGUUGAUACCCGUUACAGCUGUGCUAGUACACAUUAGUGCUGUAUACGUUUUGCUGUUUUCUUUUGUUUAAAGGUUUUGUAAGAUGUAAACACACUGGCUGUGCUGUCCUACAAUUUGCUGUACUAAACUAGAUUGAGGUAGACACCGCUUACUGCUUUUAAUAAAUGUUCUGUGUAUAGUAAA